CCAUCAUCGCAGAAACGCACUGACUUGUUUUCACUGGUGAAGGUUUGAGCUUAUUCAAACUUGGUUUGAGCAUGUCAGAAUGGAUAUUAGAGCUCGAUGAUUUCAGAAAAAUUAGAGAAAAGUUGAAUGUUUGGUGGUGUUUGAAUGAAGGCUCGGGAGAGAAGCGGAGGAACAGAAGAGGAUUCCAUCACCGCAUGAGCGCUGGAGACGUGAAUCACUUCGUUGGAUAUUAGAGAGGCGCGCUGAAGCUCACAGGCCAAUCCAUCAUAAACUCAUGGACAUAAGCAGUUCCUCCUUCAACAUGAACAACUACAACGGCACAAUAAUGUCUGAGAAUACCACCAACGGCAAUUAUUCAGUAAAAACGCCCCCACCAGUUUUCUACAGUGAGGUCACUACAGUGAUCUACACUACUGUUUUCAUUGUGGGUUUCUUUGGUAACGCAUUAGUUAUCUAUAUAGUGGCCCGCUACACCAAAAUGAAGACAGUAACCAACAUGUACAUCCUGAAUUUAGCUAUGGCAGAUGAACUCUACAUCAUGGGAAUCCCCUUCAUAGGGACCCAAAGUGUGCUCUUCUACUGGCCAUUUGGUGAAUUCCUCUGCAAAGUGUUCAUGACCACUGAUGGCAUGAGCCAGUUCGCCUCCACCUUCUGUCUGACGCUGAUGAGCAUUGAUCGCUUCCUCGCUGUUGUAUAUCCCAUUCGCAGCGCUAAAUGGCGGAAGCCAUGGGUGGCCAAGAUUUUCAGUGCCCUGGCAUGGAUUGUUUCCUUCCUGAUGGUGUUGCCGGUCACCGUGUUCUCGCAUGUGCAGGAGUACGACACUUGCAACAUAAGCUGGCCUGACCCGUCAGGCGUGUGGUCAGCUGUUUUUAUUCUGUACACAUCCAUCAUGGGUUUCUUUGGUCCUUUGGUUGUCAUCUCCCUUUGCUAUCUACUUAUUAUUAUCAAGGUGAAGUCUGCAGGCGUGCGUGCAGGCCUGACUAAGCGGCGCAAGUCAGAGCGCAAGGUGACACGGAUGGUGGUGAUCAUAGUGGUGGUCUUUGUACUUUGUUGGCUGCCCUUUUUUACAAUCAACUUUAUCAACCUGUUUUAUGUCAUACCAGAGGACAAAAUUGCUGCAGUAGUCUACUUUUCCCUGGUAAUCCUUACCUAUGUAAACUCCUGUGCCAACCCAGUCCUCUACGGUUUCCUGUCGGACAAUUUCAAGCAGAGCUUUAAGAAAGUGUUUUGCUUCUACAAAAAGAAGAGUGCUAAAGCUACGGAACCAGUGGGGACCACACAGAAUAUUGAUAAGAAAAUAGAAAGACAAAGGAAACCUACCAAGAUUUGGCCUAACCUUGCAGGCUUGUCAAGGAGAACAUUAACCAAAAGAAGCGACCAUGAGUUGGAGGAGCUGCAGAGAACCACAGCUCAGAUCACAAGGACCCCUGACAUUGAACCUUUCGCCUUAAAACCUGUAGUAAAUGGCCAGUGAUUGGUCCCAUUUAGCUGACCCAGCUUGCACUGGUGGGCCACAAGGAACUCGGACAUUUUACCCAUGGGGCUUUAUACGGACAUGGAAUUUCCUGAUUUUAUUUCAGUUAGCCCCUUCUCUCACUUGGGCAUCUCUUAAGAGGCUCACUGGACUCACUGCUUUUUGUAUUUUCAUGUAUUUGGACACUGCAACAGACUGACUGUAAACAUUUAUUUUUUGAGAGACUUAUCGAAUUUUCAAAUGAUUUUAAUUACUUCAGACUUACUUUUUUUUGGUUUCUUUUAGUAUGGUCUUUUUUUUCAAGAAGUGAUAUUGCUCUUUUAAUUUGCUGUCUAUACCAUUCGUUGUGUCUGUAUUUUUUUAUACUGACUGUUAUUUAGCACUGAAAGACAUCUGCAAAGGAUGCGUCAUGUUGAAUGGCUCACCGCUAGAGGACCAAAUCAGAGUGGCUUUGUUUAUUCACUGGCAGGAAUCAGUUGAUUGGUGGUGCACUUGAUGGGGCUUUCAUGGACAAGUGUCUGUUUGAGGCAACCAACUUAUUAUAAAAGCAAUUAAACAAUGCAAAAGACAUGUACAUUAUGCUAACUUUACCAUAUAACCCAUGGUUUUUAAAUAGUUUACCUUUUGUUAUCUACAUAGUCCACAAGUCUAAGAAAUUGAAACAACUCAGUAAUAUAGUCCUGAACAUCUUUGGAAACCUAUAAAGCACAAUGUUUUCAAAAUGUAUAUAAAUGUAUAUACUGUAUAUAUUGUAUAUUUUGGGGGCUCCCAAAACCUUGAGGCCCUGCCCUAUGCCCUUGGUAAAGUCAGGCCCUAGCAAUGAGAUGUUUGGUAUUUAGCUCAUUUUGUCUACUAAGAUUUGAUUCAUUUAUUGGUUAUUACCCUUACCCCAAUCAGCCAUAACGUAAGGACCACUGACAGAUAAUCUAACACUGCUCAUCUUUAUACAACAUAACUAUCUGUUGAUUAAAUUUGCACCCUGCUUGCUUUCAUGUGGGGGUCCUCGCCACCUGUGUAGAUUUUGUCGAGGAUUAAUCACAGCCCCCUAAAAGGCAGCAGCACUCAUCUGCACGAUGAGCCUCCCCUGCCAGCUAGGCAGCAACGCAUCCUGAAAGCAAGUCUCCUUGCUCCCCACAUUCUGAUUGGACUGGAUCUAAAGGCAUCUGUUGGAAGCACACCCAGUCCCAGAGACCCCCAACAAUCCGGUACCAGACAUUGCCUUCCGGUACCAGAUGUUGUUGGUCCACAUUCUAAUUAGUCAAAGCUUUAGUUUUAGGAGAAAAUGAAGAACCUGUAGUUCAUAAUCUCAUAUAUAGCUGAUUGUUGCCAGCUGUUAUUAUAUGUAUUACAUUGUCAAGUUCUCAGUCUGGAAUGUUUGCAGUAUUUUGGUUUGUAUUGCAACAGUAAGAGAGAAAACUAACCUCCUGGCUGCCUUGAGAGGGCCUCAUUCUAGGGCUGUAUUUUGACUUGUUAAUUUUUUACACAUGUUUUUGUAAUGUGAAAAAUGUCUUGAAAUAGGACAGCCAAGUGUUUUUUCGCUCUUUGUCUUAUCUCCAUUUUCUGCAGUUAAAGUGAUGGAUGAUGUGAUGACGUAUACAACAAAAACAUCUCUUUUUCUUGUUUUUCUACUGAAACAGGCAUUUCUUCACAGGUGUAUCCUGAGCCCAUCAAAAUAUUAAGAACGCUUAUUAAGAACGAAUAUUAAGAUGUUUGAGCUUGUUUGAAAACCUAACCAAGUAAAUACACUGAUUAUAAGACAGGAGACAACACUCUUUUUUGUGUGAUAAUGUGGUUUCUGAAAUGAAAGGUCAUUCUGAACAUAGCUCAUAGAACAUAAAUCAUUAAAUGAGUAUGGUAUUAUGAAUAUUCUUACACCCUAAUUUUUGAAAAAAAAAUCUUUCAGUUCAAGGUUUUUACAAAAUUAGAAAAUAUAAAAAAUGCUCUGAUCUCUACUAGCUUCCAAAAUUGUUAGUCUAGUGACAAAUUACUAGAUAAUUGCUAAAGAUAAAACAUUGGAAUGAUCUAUUAAACAAAAUGAAGCCAAUAUGAAAAACUGUUCACCCCAGCAUGCAGUUCCUUCAGUUACUCGAGGUAGACCCUUUCUUUACACAUUUUUCCACCCGUUUCUUGAAACAACAUGACUUCCGUCUUAGUUUGACUCAAAUUUGGUGAAGAUUUACCUACCUGAAAAAUUGCCUUAUAUUUGAUAGUUUGGUAUACAAGAAACUCAACUCAAUAACUUUAAGGUGCAAAACAACUCCAAAUCAUCCUUCCACCACUAUCCAUGACAGUUUGAUAUUGACAGAUAUUUCCACUUUAGGGUCAUCUAUCUAAAGGUCAAUGUCCAAGGUCAAAUCUGUUCAAAGGUACAGACAUUUUUAGGUGCAUUCAGAGGAAGCUUUGCAAAUCUAAUUUGUGCUUUCCUGUUCUUUAUGGAGAGAGGGGGCUUUCUCCUGGUAACCCUUUUAAACAAGCCUUACAUAUUUGAUCUGUUUUAUAUAUCAUGUCAGGCACUUUGGUUUCAUUUUUUCUGAAUCUCUAAUAACAGUGUAGAAUCUGUUUUUGUUUUUUGUACAGCUAAUGAAAGAAGGUGUACUUUCUUUUUAUCAAUGAAUAUCUGCCUUUACUCCAAUGUAUCACUGCUGACACGUGCCACAAUAAAGCAAAGCUUAUACACGUAUCUUAUGAA